AUGGCUGGCACACUCUUGCGUCCUGCCACGGCGCCCACCGCCAAAGCCGAGUCUCAUGGGCUGGUGACCCUUGAGCUCGAGGACGGCUCGGCCUACCAGGGCUACAGCUUCGGCGCGCCCAAGAGCAUCGCUGGCGAGCUGGUCUUCCAGACGGGUAUGGUGGGCUACCCCGAGUCCAUCACGGACCCCUCGUACCGCGGCCAGAUCCUCGUCAUCACUUUUCCCCUUGUCGGCAACUACGGCGUGCCCUCGAGAGAGGCUCUCGACGAGCUCCUCGGCGACCUCCCCUCCCAUUUCGAGUCGUCACAAAUUCACAUCGCCGGUCUCGUGACGGCCACAUACGCCGGCGAGGACUACUCGCACUUCCUCGCCACCUCGUCCCUCGGCACAUGGCUCAAGGAGCAAGGCAUCCCGGCCAUGUACGGCGUCGACACCCGCGCUCUGACCAAGCGCAUCCGGCAAAAGGGCAGCAUGCUUGGCCGCAUGCUUCUGGAGAAGAAGGACCUGGCUAACGGGGUCAAUGGCGACGCUGAAGGGUUUGCCCUCCCCGGCAAGAUGGGUGAUUGGAAGCCUUUCUUCGAGUCUGUCGACUGGGUGAACCCAAAUGAGAAGAACCUCGUAGCAGAGGUCUCCAUCAAGUCCCCUAAGCUCUACCGACCGCCCGAGGCAUCCGCCCUGAAGCACCCCUCAGGCCGGCCUCUCCGCAUUCUCUGUCUUGACGUUGGUAUGAAAUACAACCAGCUGAGGUGCUUCCUCAAGCGCGGCGUCGAGGUCCUGGUCUGCCCUUGGGAUUAUGACUUCCGCACUGAAACUUACGAUGGUCUGUUCAUCUCCAACGGUCCCGGUGACCCGGCCAUCAUGGAACCCACAGUCAAGCGCAUUGCCGCGGCUCUGUCGGAGAACCGCACCCCCAUUUUCGGUAUCUGCUUGGGCCACCAGCUGCUCGCCCGUGCUGCGGGAGCCAAGACGGUCAAGCUCAAGUUUGGUAACCGUGGGCACAACAUCCCCUGCACCAGCAUGGUCACGGGCAAAUGCCACAUCACUUCUCAGAACCACGGUUAUGCCGUCGAUGCUGGGACUCUCCCCACUGGGUGGCAGGAGCUGUUCGUAAACGCCAACGAUGGCAGCAACGAGGGUAUCCUGCACGUCGACAAGCCCCACUUCAGCGUCCAGUUCCACCCGGAAAGCACCCCAGGCCCCAGGGACACCGAGUUCCUGUUCGAUGUCUUCAUCCAGACUGUCGCGGACUGCGCAGCCGACAGCAGCCUGCUGCAAAAGCCCGUCCACUUCCCCGGCGGCACCGUCGAAGAGAACAACAGGCUGCAUCCCCGCGUCUCGGUCAAGAAGGUGCUCGUCCUCGGCAGCGGUGGCCUCAGCAUUGGUCAGGCUGGCGAGUUUGAUUACUCGGGCAGUCAGGCGAUCAAGGCUCUCAAGGAGGAAGGCAUUUACACCGUCCUCAUCAACCCCAACAUUGCCACCAUCCAAACCUCCAAAGGUCUCGCCGACAAGGUCUACUUCCUGCCUGUCAAUGCCGAGUUUGUGCGCAAGGUCAUCGUCUAUGAGAAGCCCGACGCGAUCUACUGCACCUUUGGCGGUCAGACCGCCCUGUCGGUGGGCAUCCAGCUUAAGGACGAGUUUGAGAAGCUUGGUGUCAAGGUCCUUGGUACACCGAUUGAUACGAUCAUCACGACCGAGGACCGUGAGCUCUUCGCCCGAAGCAUGGAGUCGAUCGGUGAGAAGUGCGCCAAGUCGGCCUCGGCCAACAACGUCGAGGAGGCUCUCAGGGUCGUCAAGGACAUCGGCUUCCCUGUCAUUGUUCGUGCCGCGUAUGCCCUUGGUGGUCUCGGCAGUGGUUUCGCCAACAACGAACGCGAGCUCCUCGAUCUCUGCAACAAGGCCUUUGCUGCCAGCCCGCAGGUUCUGAUUGAGCGCAGCAUGAAGGGCUGGAAGGAGAUUGAGUACGAAGUCGUGAGGGAUUGCCAGGACAACUGCAUCACAGUCUGCAACAUGGAGAAUUUUGACCCUCUCGGCAUCCACACGGGCGACUCGAUUGUUGUCGCUCCCUCUCAAACUCUCUCAGAUGAGGACUACAACAUGCUUCGUACGACUGCCGUCAAUGUCAUCCGCCACCUCGGAGUCGUCGGCGAGUGCAACAUUCAGUAUGCCCUGAACCCAUUCUCCAAGGAAUACUGCAUCAUCGAGGUCAACGCCAGACUAUCACGGUCUUCGGCUCUGGCCUCUAAAGCCACUGGCUACCCCCUGGCCUUCAUUGCCGCCAAGCUGGGCCUCGGUAUUCCGCUCAAGGAGAUCAAGAAUACCGUCACCAAGGUGACCUGCGCUUGCUUCGAACCUUCGCUCGAUUAUGUCGUGGUCAAGAUGCCUCGCUGGGACCUCAAGAAGUUCACCCGCGUCUCUACCCAGCUUGGUUCGUCCAUGAAGAGUGUCGGCGAGGUCAUGAGUAUCGGCAGGACGUUUGAAGAGGCCAUACAGAAGGCGAUUCGAGCUAUUGACUACCACAACCUUGGCUUCAACGAGACGCCGGCGCUCAUGUCGAUCGACGAUGAGCUCCAGACCCCCUCUGACCAGCGCCUCUUUGCCAUCGCCAACGCUAUGGCCGCUGGCUAUUCGGUCGAGAGGAUCUGGGAGCUGACCAAGAUCGACAAAUGGUUCCUCGACCGGCUGAAGGGCCUGAACGACUUCGCCAAAAAGAUGAAGGACCUUAAGGCUAGUGGUGGCACCCUUCGGCCUGGCAUGCUCCUCCAGGCCAAGCAGCUGGGCUUCUGCGAUCGCCAAAUUGCCAAGUUCUGGGGUUCCACCGAGCUCGCCGUGCGUGGCAUGCGUCUCGAGGCCGGCAUCACGCCCUUCGUAAAGCAGAUCGACACUGUCGCCGCCGAGUUCCCGGCCUACACCAACUACCUCUACCUCACCUACAGCGCCAGCGAGCACGACAUCACCUUUGACGACCACGGCGUCAUGGUGCUGGGUUCGGGCGUGUACCGCAUCGGUUCCUCUGUGGAGUUCGACUGGUGCUCGGUCAGGGCCAUCCGGACGCUUCGCCAGGCGGGCCGCAAGACUAUCAUGGUUAACUACAACCCAGAAACCGUCUCGACUGAUUACGAUGAGGCCGACAAGCUGUACUUUGAAAACAUCAACUUGGAGACGGUGCUGGACAUCUACGAAGCCGAGUCGGCAAGCGGCGUCCUUGGUGCCAUGGGUGGUCAAACACCAAAUAACAUCGCCCUGCCGCUCCUGCGUGCUGGUGUCAACGUUCUCGGUACCUCCCCCGAGAUGAUCGACACUGCCGAGAACCGCUACAAGUUCUCCCGCAUGCUUGACCGCAUUGGCGUCGACCAGCCGACCUGGAAGGAGCUAACGAGCUUCGAGGAGGCCAGAGCCUUCUGCCAGAACGUCUCGUACCCGGUUCUGGUGCGCCCCUCGUAUGUGCUCUCUGGUGCCGCCAUGAACACGGUCUACUCGGAAGGCGAUUUGCAGAACUACCUGCAGCAAGCGGCUGAAGUGUCUCCCGAGCACCCGGUUGUCAUCACCAAGUACAUCGAGAACGCAAAAGAGAUUGAAAUGGACGCUGUCGCCAAGGACGGCAAGGUGGUCGGCCAUUUUAUCUCAGAGCACGUUGAGAACGCCGGUGUCCACUCUGGUGAUGCCACCCUUAUCCUCCCGCCUCAGGACCUGUCACAGACCACCAUCCAGCGCAUUGAGGAGGCUACUCGCAAGAUCGGCGCUGCGCUUAACGUCACGGGCCCUUUCAACAUUCAGUUUAUUGCCAAGGACAACGACAUCAAAGUGAUUGAGUGCAACGUCCGCGCUUCUCGCUCAUUCCCAUUCGUCUCUAAAGUCAUGGGCGUUGACCUUAUCGAGAUGGCUACCAAGGCGAUCAUGAACAUCCCCUUCGAGGAGUAUCCCAAGAUUGACCGUCCUGCAAAUUGCGUCGGAGUCAAGGUUCCGCAAUUCAGUUUCUCACGUCUGUCGGGUGCCGAUCCCGUCCUAGGUGUCGAGAUGGCUUCGACUGGUGAAGUUGCCUCGUUUGGCGUUGACAAGUACGAGGCUUACCUCAAGGCUCUUCUGUCGACGGGCUUCAAAAUUCCCAAGAACAACAUUCUGCUUUCUAUUGGAUCCUAUGCAGAAAAGGUGGAACUGCUCCCCUCGGUCAAAAAGCUGCAGGAGAUGGGCUACAAGCUCUUUGCCACGGCGGGCACCGCAGACUUCCUCGGAACUCACGGCGUGCAGGUGCAGUACCUCGAGGUCCUCGGCAAGGAGGAGGACGACCAGAAGUCCGAGUACUCUCUCACGGCGCAUUUGGCCAAGAACAUGAUCGACCUGUACAUCAACCUGCCGUCCAACAACAAAUACAGGCGUCCGGCCAACUACAUGAGCAAGGGCUACCAAACCCGCCGCAUGGCCGUCGACUAUCAGAUUCCGCUCGUCACCAACGUCAAGAACGCCAAGAUCCUUGUCGAAGCCCUUGCCAGGCACUUCGAGCUCAACAUCGGCAUUCGCGACUACCAGACGAGCCACCGCACGAUCCAGCUGCCCGGGUUGGUGAACAUUGCUGCCUUCGCGCCAGGGCUUGUGUCGAGGGACAGCGAUGAUCUGCAGCGCGUGACCAAGGCGUCGAUUGCUGCUGGGUUCAGCAUGAUCCGCGUCAUGCCCGUCGGCAAGGAUGGCUCAAUCUCUGAUGUCAAGUCUCUGAAGAUCGCCCAGCAGAACGGCAAGCGCGGCGCGUACUGCGAUUUCAACCUAUCCAUCACGGCAACUUCGGACAACGCUCACCAGAUCAGCCAUGCCGCCGCCGAGGUUGGUUCGCUGUUCAUUCCGUUCAACCACCUCUCGGACAAUAUCAGCAAGGUCGCAGCAGUGCAGGAGCAUUUUGAGGCCUGGCCGACACACAAGCCCAUCAUCACAGACGCCAAGACGACCGACCUGGCUUCAAUUUUGUUGCUUGCCAGCCUGCACAGCCGGCGCGUCCACGUCACUGCGGUGACGACCAAGGAUGACAUUAAGCUCAUCGCGCUGGGCAAGGAUAAGGGUCUCAAGGUCACUUGUGAUGUCAACAUCUACUCUCUGUACCUGUCGCAGAAGGACUAUCCCGGCUGCCAAUUCCUGCCGACGGCCGAGGACCAGGCCGCUCUCUGGGAGCACCUGGAGACGAUCGAUGUUUUCUCUAUUGGUAGCCUGCCCUACCAGCUCGCCCACUUCCUGAAUCAGCCGGCGGACGUGACGGUUGGCAUUGCCGACGCUCUGCCUCUUCUUCUCACUUCAGUUGCUGAGGGCAAGCUCACUGUCGACGAUGUCAAGGCCAGACUCCACGACAACCCGAAGGAAAUCUUCGAGCUGCAUGACCAAGUUGGCGCCGGCCUGGAGGUCGAGAUUGACCGUCCAUGCACCCUGAAAGCCACCAAGUCCUGGUCUCCUUUCUACGGCAAGGUCCUGAAAGCUGCUGUCCAGCGCGUGACCUUCCAGGACCAGGUCGUUUGCUUAGAUGGCUCCAUCCUGUCUGUCCCGCCCAGGGGCAAUGACAUGUCCACACACGGGGCUAUGCCGCCGAUGGCUGCCAUCUCCUCGCCCGCUGCCAAGCCCGUGCAGUACCCCAUGUCACCUGUCCUCGACGAGCGUCGCCAGGGCCAAGCUGGUGUCCGGCCGCCAUUUGGCAGGUCAAAGGUCACAGACAGCAGCGCACCCCUUGCACAGUUGGGUCGGGCGCCAGUCAUGGACGAGCUCUCUCUUCCGUUGACUCUGCAGCCCACGGUCUCGCCGCUUCAGGAAAUGCUCUCUGCUCCGUCUUCGUUCAAGAAGGCCCACGUCCUGUCGGUCACGCAGUACACACGGGCUGACCUGCAUCUACUCUUCAACAUCGCUCAGGAGAUGCGUCUCGGUGUGCAACGUGAAGGCGUGCUCGACAUUCUCCGGGGCCGCCUGCUGUGCACCCUCUUCUACGAGCCGUCUACUCGGACGUCGGCCUCGUUCGACGCAGCCAUGCAGCGUCUCGGCGGCAGGACCAUCGCCAUCUCCACCUCGCAUUCGUCCGUACAAAAGGGCGAGACUCUUCAAGACACGCUGCGCACGCUCGCCUGUUACGGCGACGCUGUCGUCCUCCGCCACCCCGAUGAGAAGUGCGUCGACGUCGCCAAGAAAUACAGCCCGGUCCCCGUCAUCAACGGCGGCAACGGCAGCAAGGAGCAUCCGACGCAAGCCUUCCUCGACCUCUUCACGAUCCGCGAGGAGCUCGGCACCAUGCAAGGACUGACCAUUACCUUUGUCGGCGACCUGCUCUACGGGCGCCCCGUCCACUCGCUCGUCUACCUGCUCCGGCACUACCAGGUCAAGGUGCAGCUCGUGGCGCCCAAGGCGCUCGCGCUGCCGGCCGUCAUCCGCCAGCAGCUCGUCGACGCUGAUCAGCUGCUCUGCGAGUCGGAGACGCUGACGCCGGAGAUCUUGGGCCGGACGGACGUGCUCUACUGCACGCGCGUGCAAAAGGAGCGGUUCGCCAGUUUGGCCGACUACGAGGCUGUCAAGGGCGCGUACAAGAUUGAUUAUGGCACGCUCAAGCAUGCCAAGAGCAGCAUGGUGGUUCUGCACCCGCUGCCGAGGAAUGAGGAGGUGGCGGAGGAGGUGGAUUUCGAUCAGCGGGCGGCGUAUUUCAGACAGAUGAGAUAUGGUCUCUACUGCCGCAUGGCUUUGCUUGCGCUGGUCAUGUCGUAG